GCUAAUUCCAUUGAUAAACCCUGUAAGUAAAAUUCUUAUGUCACAAAACUCAAUUCUAAAACACAAACAGCUCUUGGUUAUUCUACACAGAUUUUUUAAUCAUCAUCCGAAAAUGCGCGAAUCGGUGACAAUCAAAUGACGCAAUAGCUUUACUUCCGGGACCAAAACAAGACGUUUCCAGUUUGACGUGGCCUUUGGAGAGUGUAGCUCGGCAAAGUGCGCGAAAACUUCCCAGGCAAUGCUACUCGACUGACAGAUUGCUACUCGCCAUGUCAUCUUCUGAAGCAGAGGAGGAGGGGUUCGAGAGUGCAGGAGAGGAUGUUGAGGAGAAAACAAAACACUCACCCAAGAAAAACAAACAAACAGCUGAAAAAGAGAAAGAUGAAGCAGCAAGUAAUGAAUCCACAGAGAAGUCACAGACAGCAGAGGAAGUGAAGACAGAAAAAGAGGAAAGUCAAAAGGACACUGAGGAGGUUGAACCCAAGAAGGAGGAAAGUCAAAACAACACUGAUAAGGCUGAACCUAAGAAGGAAGAGGAUGCUGUAACCAAGGAGGAGGAAGAAGAUGCUGUGCAGAGCACUGAAGCCACACCAACUGAAGGGGCUAAUGUCAAGGAUGAUGAAGUGGCUGAACCUAAAGCAUCCGCCAAAAGUACUGAUGAAGAUUCAAAAGAAGAAGUAAAGGAAGAAAAAGAGCCAGGAAAAGAAGAGGACAAAGUAGAAGAACCCCCCAAGGAUGGAGAAGACAUGGAGAGAAAACCCAUCCCACUGAGGAAGAGACCAGGUAAAGAAGAAGAGGAGAAAGAAGAGAAAAUCCAUUCUGCCUUGGACAAACUGGCUGGAGAGGAGAAGCCAUCAGGUGGAUGGGGCUGGGGUGGUUGGGGGUCUUCUUUUGGAUCCUCUCUGAUGUCUACAGCUUCAGCUGUUGGGCAAAGUUUUGUAUCUGUUGUAGAGGAUGUGGAGUCAUCAAUAGGAUCAGGUCUGACCACCGUGGUCCAUGGAGUCGAGUCCUCCCUGGGAAUCCCUCCUCCAGAGGAGAUGUCAAAAGAUGAGGCUGAGACAGCCAAAGAAGACAAGUCAAAGGAGGAGAAGGGACCAGAGGAGAAAGGAGAAUCAGAUGAAACAAAAGAGACAAAAGAAGAGAAAGAGGAGGGAGCAGAAGGAGAGGCCUCACCUCAGCAGACAUCAGGAGGGGGACUAUGGGGGGCCCUGGGGGUGUCCAUGGUGGCAAAUGUUGUGCAGAACACGACUAAGAAAGUGGUGAGUGGAACCUUGGAUUCGCUGGAGUAUGUCGGUAAGAAGACGAUGGAUGUGUUGGCUGAAGGUGACCCUGGAUACAAGAAGACUAAACACAUCAUAGAGGUGGCAGGACAGAAAUCUCACCUGUCACAGGUGUUGAGAGAAGCGAAGGAGGAGGCGGAACAACGAGCUAAAGAAGCCGAAGAAGAGGAGGCGCACAGGAAGGCCAACUUUGGCAUCAUGUUUGAUGAGUUUCAAGGCUUGGCCCAUCUGGAGGCUCUGGAGAUGUUGUCCAACCAGAGUGAAGGGAAGGUGCAGGCUGUCCUGUCAGCCCUGUCAGGGGAGGAGCAGGAGGAGCUGAAGGCGGAGCUCAUCCAGGUGAAGGAGGCCUUCAAACUGGAGGAUGUGGUGGAGGAGGAGGCUGAAGCACAAGAAGUGCAGGAGUUCGCCAAGACUGUCACUGAGCUUCUGUUUGAACUGCACAUAGGGAUGACUCCUGAUAAACUGAACAAGGCCCAGACUGAUGCUCUGGAGUACCUGACUCAGAGUGAGAAGGAUCUGGAAGAAGGAGAGACAAAGGAUCCACAGGACCUGCACACAGCAGCCAUCCAGAUGCUGGCUGAGCUGACUGCCAAGUCCAUCCACCAGUUUCUGAAGGCUGCUGAGCUCAUCCUCAUGCAGAAAGACCCUGAGAAAACACCACUGGAGAGGGCACAGACUCUCACCAAAUUAACUUCUGCUCUGUGUGAGGAGGUUUCAGUCCUGUCCAACAAAUACUGUGUCUGCCUAAACACUGCAGCGAGUAAAGCAGAGAAACCAGAUGACUUCAGUCACUUGAUAACCAAUGUGUACCUUGAGGCCUCCAAUAGUGCCUCGUACAUCCAGGAUGCCUUCCAGUUGUUGCUGCCCAUCAUUCAGGAAUCCUGUAUCCAGACCAAGAACCUGGCACUGUCUGCAUUCCAGAAGCACCUAUAGCCUCAGCCUAUAGUAACCUGUAACAGUGAUGCCUUAGACAGCUGCAGCAGUUCUAUUCCUUGGUUUUACUUCUGUUUAAUUAGUGUUAGAAAAUGUUGGUUUUCAGUAUGACCACCUGUUCAUGUUCUGAUAUUGAAAUCUGAAUUCCGAGUGAUAAUAGUCGGAAUAGAUUUAUUGGGAAUAAUAUUGGGAAGUGUAUGUAAUUGCAGACAAGAUGUCUGUGAAGCUGAUUUUUUAAUGAAGUAUUUCUCUGAGCUUUGUUAUCAUUUUAUUAUGGGACACUUUUGGCCUUGUGUCAUUCUGUUGAUCCAAUUUUUGCUGAAAAAAUAGAUGAAAGAUUUGCAUGUACACAAGGAAUUGAAAUGUUGUGGCCUUUGUCGUAUCCCUUCAUAAGAGGGCUGUUGUGUGCCUAGUGCCUGUUGUACAUAAAAUGUACUGUGUCAAUAUUAAAUAUGCAGCUGGGAUGGCAUAGUUGGAUUAAAGUUUCUAUCUUACACGUUAUACAUCUUACCAAAGCCUUGAAACUCUGCUAAGAAAUGUGACAUAAGCUGUCAUUUAGUUAAGCUGACACGAAUGUGUGGCAGUAUGACUUAAAAGAUGUGUGGAAGUACCAGUUAUGUUCAAAGGGAAAAAUGAAGAUAAGUUGGUGAUCAUUUUUGGUAUUGCGCAUAUUGAGGUGUAUCUUUGUUCGUUCUUACCUAAAAAAUCAGCAAUGGAGAGGGCUAUUAUAAUGUUCACUAUACAUGGCUUAUUUAUAAGUAAUAUCUAAUUAGGUAGGUAACUUAUUGAGUCAGCUAACUCCAGAAAACAUUGGUUGCUGCAUUGCAAAGGUGUGAGUUUACAAAUCGUUCUCUUUUGUUGCAACAGAACACCCAAUAUUUUGUAGGUUUAGUCAUUGUAACUAACACGUUGCUUAUGUUAUCUACAUUGUAUGUGUUCUUUGUUGAAUAACCUGCUGUUCUCAUCAGUGGCAGAAAAAUUAGGGACAUCGCAAAAUGUUUGUCAGUCAUUGGUUUUCCUCAUUAAAUAACCCUUUGAUUCAGUGCAAAGCUAAGGUUAUGAAUCUUUUGAGGUGUUGUAGCAUCCCCUGCAAACUCCCUCUUCUUUAAAUCCAAAGCAAAAUACUUUGCUGUGAAUUUGUGCGACUUUGUAGUUGAAAACAAUAUUAACUAAUGUAAUCAAUCAUCGUUAUGGAUAACGCAAUAGUAAAAGUUGCUCAUGAUAUAUUUUGCUAGAUCAAAUUAAGCUUUGAUACAUAUUUUUCUUCAAGUAGAUUUGUCUGUCUUGACUCUUGAACAGUGCAGUGCUGGAUGUGAGAUGUAACAAUGAAUAAACAUGUUUAGAGUAAG